GUUCAAGACACGAAGAAUGUGCUGGAAUUUCUCGGGGAUGACCAAAGCCUACAGAAACAACACAUCAAAGCUCACUUGAAGUCGAGCACGACGCAGCCACUCCACGUUGACGAUCGUUACAGACGUCAGAACAUCUCAGUGGUCGGUAUUUUUUCGUUCCACCACAUGACGUCACGGCAACAAUGGCGGAGGCUACCGCAGAUGUACACCCCGCGAAGAGGACGACACAGUCACAUGCGGCCUUGGCCUUCUUUCACGACGAGGUGAGUGACGGGGAAAUGGCCCAGCUGCACCCAGGUGAACUGGACCUGACCACUGAGGACUUGAUCUUGGACGAAGUGGACCUUCAUAUCCAGGCCAAUUUAGAGGACGAGCUUGUCAAAGAAGCGCUCGGAACGGGUGUGGAUCUUCGGCAAUACUCCAAACAAGUGGAGGCGGAACUGGAGCGGAUCGAGCAAGCCUCCAUCAAAGACUACAUCAAGGAGAGCCAGAACAUCGCUUUGCUGCACCAUCAGAUCGGCGCAUGUGAUGCCAUUUUGGAGCGGAUGGAAGAGAUGCUGAGCGGCUUCCAGAGCGACCUGUCGUCUAUCAGCGGUGAGAUCCACACACUGCAGCAGCAGUCGCUCAGCAUGAAUGUGCGUCUGAAGAACCGCCAGGCGGUGCGUGGCCAGCUCAGCCAGCUGGUGGACGAGCUGCUGGUGCCCGGAGCCAUGAUCUCCGCCAUCCUGGACACUCCAGUGACAGAGCAGGACUUUGUGGAGCAGCUGCACGAGCUCAACGGCAAGAUCAACUUGGCCAAGGAGCUCAGCUUUCGAGAGACGCUGGCCUGCUCCGACGUCCAGGACAUCGUGGACCGCCUCAAGGUCAAGGCUGUGUGGAAGAUUCGAGAGUUCAUCCUCCAGAAGAUCUACUCCUUCAGGAAGCCCAUGACCAACUAUCAGAUCCCACAGAACACGCUGCUCAAGUACAGAUUCUUCUACCAGUUCCUCCUGGCCAAUGAGAGGACGGUGGCCAAGGAGGUGCGAGACGAUUACGUGGACACCAUGAGUAAGAUCUAUUUCAGCUACUUCAAGUCGUACAGCAGCCGUCUGCUCAAGGUGCAGUAUGAGGAAGUUGCUGACAAGGACGAUCUGAUGGGAGUUGAAGACACCGCCAAAAAAGGUUUCUUCUCCAAACCGUCUCUGAAGAGCAGGAACACCAUCUUCACUCUGGGCCAGCGAGGCGCCAUCCUGAGUCCCCCUGAGCUGGAGGGUCCCAUUUUGGUUCCUCACACGGCGCAGAGGGGCGACAGCAGGUAUCCAUAUGAGACACUGUUCCGCAGCCAACACUACGCCCUGCUGGAUAACGGCUGCAGGGAGUUCCUCUUUCUGUGUGACUUCUUCAUGGUGGCAGGAAACUCCGCCCUGGACCUCUUUAAUAGCAUCAUGGGAAAGACGCUCAGCAUGUUCCUGAAGAGCAUGUCGACAUACGUGUCGGACUGCUACGACGGCAUCGCUGUCUUCUUGUGCAUCCACAUCAUCUUGCGUUUCCGAGCCAUCGCCACCAAAAGGAACAUCCCGGCCCUAGACAAAUACUGGGAGGCGGUGCUGGAGCUGUUGUGGCCGCGCUUUGAGCUCAUCCUGGAGAUGAACAUCCACAGCAUCAGGAACACCGACCCGCAGAAGCUGGGGGUGCUCGACACUCGGCCGCACUACAUCACACGCCGCUACGCCGAGUUCUCCUCGGCCGUGGUCGGCAUCAACCAGACCUUCCCCAAUGAGAGGACGGACGCUCUGCUGGCCCAGCUGCAGGCCGAGGUGGAGAACUUUGUGCUGAAGAUGGCAGCAGAAUUCCCUUCCAGGAGGGAGCAACUCAUCUUCCUCAUCAACAACUACGACAUGAUGCUCGGCGUGCUCAUGGAGAGGGCGGCAGACGACAGCAAGGAGGUGGAAGGCUUCCAGCAACUCCUUCUAGCCAGGACGCAGGAGUUCAUCGAGGAGGUCCUGUCUGCACCUUUCGGGGGGAUGAUCUCCUUCGUGAAGGAAGCUGAGGCCCUGAUGGAGAAAGGGCAACUGGAGCGCCUCAAGAGCGAUGAAGCUCACAUCUGCCAGCUGGUGCGAGGCUUCUCGGCUUCGUGGAAGCAGUCCGUGGAGGCCAUGAGCCAGGACGUCAUGAGGUCUUUCACCAACUUUAAGAAUGGGACCGGCAUCAUUCAGGGUGCCCUCACCCAGCUGAUCCAGUACUACCACGGCUUCCACAAGAUCCUCAACCAGCCCGCAUUCCGCGGCCUCCCGGCCCGAUCCGAACUCAUCAACCUGCACCACCUAAUGGUAGAAGUCAAGAAGCACAAGCCCAACUUCUGAGGCCUGUCCGACUGGGCCUGACCAUCCUGUGAAAAAAAAGUCCUUCAUCGGUGUGACAAGUAGAAAACCGACCUUGUCAGGUGCCACUUGACCAGGUGUUUGCAAUCUUUUCCUCACUCGCUACUCAAGAGAUGGGGCACCUGUCGCGAGAAGAGUGUCCCACCCGUGAGAUUCCUGAGUCGGCGCCGCCAGUGCUUUGGUGGGGCAUUCGGGGCACCAAUCGCCCCGUUUGGUCCACUCCAAAUCCCGUCGCCGCUUAGGAAUCCUUCGGCGUCACUACCAUGACUGUGCAAGAAGCAAGCGUGCUCGGAUAGACCAACUGUCAUUCCCAGCUCCCGAUUCCACGCAAAGGGGUUCUGAGGAACUCCUUCCGCUUUUGUAAGUAGUUAAGUCACUGUGGCUCACUUGGGCAUCACCAAAUAAGCAGCACAUCAUGCCCAAAACAUUGCCAGAUGAAAAUAUCUGAGUCAAGAAAAUAAACGUUUCCAGUUAA